AUGGAUUCUUUCUCAGCCGAUAACCGCAGAGACCAUUCAGAAGAGGAACUGGAUAAAGUUGACCAGUCUCCUACUGGUCUCCAUGCUGGACUCCGCCGUAUUCCUGACAAAUUCCCACGUGUCGCACUACUAAUCCUUGUUGUUGAGCUUGGCGAACGGUUCACUUAUUUUGGCCUUAGUGGUCCUAUGCAAAAUUAUAUCAAUAAUCCCUAUGAUCCUGGUUCAGGUCUCCCUGGCGCACUAGGCAGAGGACAAGCAACCGCGUCGGCUCUUGGAAACUUCUUUAAAUUUUGGGCUUAUGCCUCCACCAUAAUUGGCGCGAUUGUUGCAGGUAAUACAUCUUCCCCGGGAUCUUGGAGGAUUGUUGCUAAUAAUCCACUAGAUCAAUAUGUCGGCAAAUUCAAAGCCAUCACAAUCUCUCUGGGAAUUUACAUGGUCGGGUUGACCGUCCUGGUUGCCACUGCAACACCAGCCGGCCUUAAGAGUGAUGCUGGCUUUGGAGGGUUGGUUGCCGCAAUGGUCAUCAUUGGCCUGGGAACAGGUGGAAUCAAGGCCAACGUGACCCCCAUGUGCGCCGAGCAAUACCAAAAUGCAGAGCCGGUUUUGAAGACGCUCAAAUCAGGCGAGCGUGUGGUUAUUGAUCCUGAAUUGACCGUGCAGCGACUUUUCAUGUGGUUCUACUGGGUUGUCAAUGUUGGCGCUCUCUCCCCCUUGAUUACAGUCAAUGUUGAGGCAAAGCACUCUUUCUGGCUUGCAUAUUUGAUUCCAUUGAUUGCAAUUGUUCUCUCGGCUAUCGUCUUCUUGUCCGGCCAGAAGCGAUAUGUUAAGAUUCCUCCCCAGGGGUCUGCUAUUAUAGAUGCAUGCAAGGUCUUGAACAUCGCCCGACAGGAGAAGCAUUUCGAAGACGCAAAGCCAUCAGCUUUAGAGGCAUCAGGCCGUUUAAGCAAGUAUCCCUUUGCGUCUUCGCCGCGCUACACGGAUCAGUACGUCUCAGACGUCCGCCGAGGCUUUAGAAGCUGCAGAAUGUUUAUAUUCUUCCCAUUUUAUUUUGUUUGUUGGGUCCAGAUUUGGAACAAUCUAAUCUCACAAGCUGGACAAAUGGCGUUGCACGGAACGCCGAACGAUCUCCUGCAAAACCUUGACCCGAUCGCCUUGUGUAUCUUUAUCCCACUUCUUGACUUGGGCGUUUAUCCAGUUCUUCGCAAGUUUAAGAUCAACUUCAGCCCAGUCCGUCGAAUCUUCGCCGGUUUCCUUCUUGUCUCGAUCUCCAUGGUCUACUCCAGCGUGCUGCAGCAUUACAUUUAUAUCUCGCCAGAAAAGAGCAUACACGUGUGGAUUCAAGCCCCUGCGUAUAUCUUUGUCGCAUUCUCCGAAGCAUUUGUUAUCGUUACUGGCUUGGAACUUGCCUUCACACAUGCUCCGAAAAACCUGCGAUCCUUUAUCUCCGCACUCUUCUGGCUCAUGAUCGGCAUUGCGGCAGCGAUCUGCAUUGGCCUAAGCCCAGUGUCGCAAGAUCCGUAUAUUCUUUGGAUGUAUGCAUCUCUUGCAAUUGUGGGUUUCGUGGCGGGGUGUCUGUUUUACAUUUGCUUCAGAAAGAGUGACUCCCUUGAUCCAGUUAUCCCGGAACUCGUCGAAGGAGUUCCAGUGGAAGGAAACAGACAACAUGUCACACAAGUUGCUGAUCAUGCCAAACACACCGAAGUAUAG